AUGGCGCUUGACUGUGCUGAUUAUAUGGACAUUGACGACGAAUGGACGCUGCAUAGUAUAACCACACAAAUUAUUGAAUUCCGCGACACUGCCAAUUCUUCCCUUGUUCCUCCUGCUCAGACAUUACCGCCGGUCACGAAUGAUUCAUUUCAGUCGAUAAUUGUCGUGGAUACGAAUUUCCUUCUCUCUCACCUGGCCUUUGUCAAAUCGUUGAUCUAUGAACACGCGAAACUGCAUAAUCUCGUUAUCAUCAUACCAUGGAUUGUGUUACAAGAAUUGGAUGGUUUAAAGGGAGGUUCCAAGAAAAUCCCGAAGAAUCCAAAGGAUGGCUCUCAGCCAGCAUUAUCGACUCUUGCUCAGACCGCCAUUAAUUUUUUGCAUAACUGUUUAUUGAAUGGUCAAGAAGGAGUACGUGGACAAAAGCUUGAUGAGAAAGUCGAUGAAGCCGAGAAAAAUGACGACAAAAUUCUCAACUGCUGUAGAUACUUCAAAUUAGAAACCGGAUCCCUAGUAACUUUAUUAUCAAAUGACAAAAAUCUCUGCAUAAAGGCGAUGGUGCACGAAAUUCCCACGGAAUCAUAUCAGAAAAAGGGUAAAGGACUUGACGGCAUUCUGGAAAGAAUACUGCCAAAAUUAUCAAAGUUUGAAAUUAAUGGCAUUUAUACACGAUCAUCAUCUUCGUCGGUCGUCAAUCAAUAUUGCGAUCCUCACGAUGGAGAAAAUUCAUAUGAUGAGGAUAUUGUUAUGGAUGAUUGUAAUGAUAUAGUUAUGACAUCAACUCUGCCAUUGGCUCUGCCAUCGGCUCUGCCAUCAACUCGGCCACCAACUCUGCCUUCGAGUCUUCCUGCUUCUAAUUCGGAAGUGGGAGAGGAUAGAUCGAUAUAUGCCUCAAUUCAUGCUCCAUUACAAACAAAACUCGCGAGAUCCAAAUCUUUGGAUAAUUGCAACAAUAAUCAUAAAAAUCAUAAAAAACAUAAAAACGGAGUUACAAAUCAAGCACACACGAAUAGAACACUGGAUGACAUCAACUUAAAUGAACAUACCAGCUACACAGUCCAAACUACCACGACACCCACUGUACUCAUGGGACCUGUUUACACUGAUCCACAAAUACCAAAGGCACUAUUAAUGCAAAUGAUAAAUCUUGGGCAAAGAGAGCUCAUCAAUAAAGUCAUUGAUGAACUCGAGUCUUUUUUACCUAAUCCGAUCAAAUUUCAUUUUAACAUGUUAUUGGGAGAAAAUUGGACUUAUGUGGUGAGUGAUACUGAGCCAUGGUCGUUAUCCUGUAUGCUCAAAUUCAUCGAACGGCUUUGGAUAUCGGUCUUUAGUGAAAUAUUUGACCAAGCUUAUCAAAUUCAAUCGAUGACAAUCAGACUUCAUUCUUUCGUUAAUCAAUGGGAAUUGAAACAACGAAGAAAUGUUUAUACGAUAAAUCUCACGGUUCAAGAUAUAAUCACUUUUCUGCAGAGCGCUGAAGUCGUGCUUCGAAUGAUAUAUAGCAAAUAUGCGGAAGCAACUUUCCCGGUCGUGACUAUCACUGAUAAUUGGUGGAUGGAAUUUAAAAAAACACUUUAA